AUGGACUCCGACGAUGAACUAACCUUGUCAACACAUGCCUUAGCUGCCCUUGCUGAAUUUAAAAAGGAAGAAACGGAAAGAAUCGAAAAAUUUCAAGAAUUAUGCAACUCUUUUAACGGAGGACAGGAAGUGAACCAGCAACUUACCAUAGAAGACUUCAAGCAAGACUGGAAACUCUCCCAGUUCUGGUAUGCUGAUGACACAGCAAGAACUUUGGGGAAAGCACUCUUACAAGGAGCCAACGUAGACACUGUCAUAGUCAUAGCUAGUGCACCUUCUGUGUUUGCUGCAAUUAAAAACCUUCCCCCUGAAGAGGUACCAACCAAACAUAUUUACCUUUUUGAAUAUGAUAAGCGGUUCGAGCUUUUGGCGGGAAAAGAACACUUCUAUUUUUAUGACUACACCCGUCCUGACGAUAUUCCCUUGGAGCUCAAACAUAACUGUCACCGGUUGUUGAUUGACCCUCCAUAUCUCCAGGAGGACUGCCAGACCAAAUCGGCAAUGGCAGCUGGCAACUUGUUGGUUGAGAAAGCGACAGACACCCAGCAAAUUAAGCUUAUAAGCUCUACAGGGGAACGUAUGGGCGAAAUUGUCAAGAAGAACUAUCCCGAGACGUUUGUCACCAACUUUUUCCCGGAACACAUGAACGGCUUGAGCAAUGAAUACAGAUGCUACGCCAACUUCGAAUGCAGCUACUGGAAGUUCCAAAACUAG